GCGUGUGACGUUGUGCGGGAAGCUACGCCCACUGCGCACAAACUCUUCCUGUUAUGAAACCGGUGCAUGUGAGCAAAGACUUUGAGAUAGACUUUGAUGUUGAAGCGGUUUUUCGGUUGGUUACUGAAUUGGAAAUGUGAGCCACUGUCUGCUACCCUGAAGAGAAGAGAAGAGAAGAGAAGAGAAGAGAAGAGAAGAGAAGAGAAGAGAAGAGAAGAGAAGAGAAGAGAAGAGAAGAGAAGAGAAGAUAUGUCUGUCCAGGAAAACCGAGUGAUGGCUUUGUCCGAGUGGGAGGACAGGUGGCAGGAAGGAAGAACUGGUUUUCACAGAUCUGCAGUGCACAAUUUGCUGGAAAACAACUUGGACAAAGUCGUAUGCGGAAGAAAGGAGGUUCGAUUCUUCUUCCCACUUUGCGGAAAAGCUGUAGACAUGAAAUGGUUGGCUGAUAUGGGUCACACAGUUGUUGGAGUAGAAAUUUCUCAAAAAGGAAUCAAACAAUUCUUUGCAGAGCAAAAUCUCACUUUUAAUGAAGAACCAGUACCAGCCAUUCCCGGAGCAAAGGUUUUCAAGAGUGCAGAUGGAAAGAUCUCCAUCUAUCAGUGUGACUUAUACAAGUUCUCCAGUGAUGUUGGAGGAAAGUUUGGAGGAAUUUGGGAUAGAGGAGCGCUGGUGGCUAUAAACCCAUGUGACAGGCAAAAGUAUGCUACUCUCCUUAUGUCCUUAAUGAACAACGACUGCAGGUAUCUGGUGGACACACUGGAAUAUAAUCCUGAGCUUUAUAAAGGUCCACCAUUUUUUGUAUCAGAAGAGGAUGUAAAAAAAUUAUUUGGAGGUGGAUGUGACAUUGAGUUGAUAGAGUCUGUAGAUGCCUUUGAGGAAAAGCACAAAUCAUGGGGACUGGAUUCAAUGACGGAGAAAGUGUACCUUCUCACUCCAGAAGCCCAAUGAUCAAUCAUCAAAUCUACUGGAUGGUUAUUAAAAAGUAAAAAUUACUUAAUAAUGCAAUAAAUAAUUGUCAAAAAUAACAUAGGGUUAAUAAAAGGCAAUUUGCAUUUUUCUGUUUUGAUAACAGUGGGCUGCAAGUUGAUGAUUCAGUAUUUCAAUGUAAUGCAAAAUAUUUUAAUAAAUUCCAAAUAUUUA